CGGCCACCACAACAACAACAUCACGAGGCGUCAAGGGGAGGAGGAGGCCCCGCCCGCACCAGCCUGAAGGGGCGGCACACAGGCUCACCCCACCGCCCGCACCACCCCACUCUCUUCCUGACACCACUCGCAGGGCUGGCCGGGACCCCCUGAAGGCAGGACAAGUACUCCAGUGCCAGAGUAGUCGAGCACCGAGUGUAAACAGGGAGCGAACUCAUCCCCCUAGUCAUGGCCACUCUUUUCGACCAGUACGAGUCCCUGCAGUCGGGGGGCAUGGGGGGCCCCAAGCAGUCCAUCCUGGGCACCACGGCCUUCAAGAACCAAAAGCUGGAGGAGGAGGCGGCGAUAUUUCGCAAGGACCGCCAGGUAAGCUUCACGCCCACCCACCCCAUCACACACCUGGUCGUGGCCAACCAGCACCUCGUCCUGGCCAUGGCCAACAAGAAGCUCAUCAGGAUCAACCUCCUCCACCCCGGCACCGGCAACCAGGAGGAGCAGGAGGUGGACAUCAGCAAAUUCUCCCUCCAGGCCAGGAUCCACAGCAUCUUCCUGGACCCCACAGGGCAGCACCUCCUCAUCAGUAUUGUUAGUCGGGAUGGACAGACACCCGUUGACACCCUGUACCUGCCGCUCCGCUCCAACAAGCCCAAGUCCACCAGCAAGCUGAAGGGUCACCUCGUAACUGCUGUUGGCUGGAACGCCAGGAACCAGUCAGACAGUGUGACGGGACCAAUACUAAUUGGGACCUCAAAGGGAGUCAUUCUGGAGAUGGAACUGACUUCUGACGAGAGGCUUUUCCAGUCUAGUCAUGAGGAGUAUUGCAAGCAGUUGUUUGACGUUGGCAAGGAUGAGCCAGUUCCAGUGAGUGCCAUUGAGGUGCGCCCCAGCCCUACUGACGACCUCAAGCUCUGCAUCCUGGUGACAACAUCUGACAAACUCUACCAAUUUUGUGGACGUGCCAGGUCAGCAGAAGACAGGCCCAUGAUGACUGCUCUCUUUGCCAACUACUUGGGAUUGCCACCAAGAUUCGUCAAGCUCAUAAGCAAGUGGAAGACUUCGUGGCUCAAGCUGUACCAGCCUGCAAACUCCAUCACUCCGAAGCACUUUGCCUGGCUAACAGAGCAGGGUGUGUAUACCGGAGACAUAGUGUGGACGGGCUCGGGUGAUGACAUGACCGUCAAUAGAAAGUUGCACUCCAUUCCUGAGGUUGUGGAUGGUUAUGGGGUUCCCUGUGAUAUGAUUGUGUGCGAGUUUCACGUUCUCAUUGUGUGGCCAGACAAAAUGCGUGGGCUCUGCAUCCUCAACAAUCAGGUUGUGUAUGAGGGGAGCAUACCAGAAGAGUGUGGUAAGCUUGUGGGCAUCUCCAAGGACCCCAUCAAAGGGACCAUCUGGGUGUUUGCUGAGAGAGGAGUCUUCAGGUACUCAGUGGACCGAGAGGGACGAAAUGUGUGGCGCAUAUAUCUUGAGCAAGGAAACUAUGAAUUAGCAAAGAAGUAUUGUAACUCUGAUCCAUCUUGUUUGUCAACUGUCUUGCUGCAGGAAGCUCAAGAUUAUUUUCAGAAGAAAGAUUAUGUACAAAGUGCAAAGCUUUUUGCUAAAACCUCAACUUCCUUUGAAGAAAUCAGUCUGAAGUUUGUUGAAGUUGGGGAAGAAGGAGCUCUAAAGAUUUAUCUCCAUGAAAAAUUAGAGUCCCUCAAAGUCAGUGAACAAACCCAAAUUACCAUAGUUGUCAUGUGGCUGCUUGAGCUUUACUUAAAAACUCUAGGAAACCUUCGUGAUGCUGGAAAGCGGAACACAGCAGAAUACACCAAGUGUGACGAACAGCUAAAGUUACUCCUCCAUGACCCCAAAGCACACCAGUGCCUGACAAACAAUGCCAAUGCCAUUUAUGAGUUGCUGGCCUCACAUGAUGAUCAAGACAAUUACAUCAAUGUAGCUCUCAUGCUGAAAGAUUUUGACCGAGUAUUACUUCAUCUGAUGCGCCACGGCCGCCACAUUGAGGCCUUGGAGGUAAUGAAGACACGGGGAUCAGAACAACUAUUUUACCAGCACUUUCCCGCCCUUCUUCAGGCUGUUCCUUCUGCUGCAAUAGAAGCUUUGAUUGCCCAAGGAGAAAGGAUCAACCCAUUGAAACUUCUCCCUUGUCUCAUUCACUACCACACUUCUCAUGGGGGAGGGGCAGACAUUUUACGAUAUUUUGAAUAUUGUGUUGAUAAACUUGAAAUCACAGAUGAGGUUUUGCACAAUUUUUUGAUAACUCUCUAUGCUGUAGAGGCUCCUGAGAAACUGUUGCCUUAUUUUAAAUUACAAGGUGAUGACAGUCUUGGUGUUCAUUAUGAUGUCAAGUUUGCCCUGAGAGAGUGCAUGUCAGUGGGUGAAGAGAAAGCCUGUGUGCACAUUCUGACAACCAUGGGACUCUAUCAGGAGGCAGUGGAGUUAGCCUUAAAGCUUGACAUAUCCUUGGCGAAGGCAAUGGCUAACCGCCCUAAAUAUGAUCAAGAUCUAAGGAAGAAGCUGUGGCUGAUGAUUGCAGCUCAUGUUGUGCAGGAGAAGCAAGAUAUUUCACAUGCCAUGGAAGUUCUUAGAUCAUGCGAUCUUAUUAAAAUAGAAGACAUUCUUCCUUUUUUCCCAGACUUUGUCACAAUUGACCAGUUCAAAGAUGCUAUCUGCUCAUCACUCCAAGAGUACAAUCAACACAUUGAAAACUUGAAGAAAGACAUGGACGAUGCCUCUAAGUCUGCAGAAAAUAUCCGCAAAGACAUACAGAAGUUCAAGCAGAAAUAUUCCUAUGUGCAUGCACAAGACACCUGUUGUGAGUGUAACUAUCCCUUACUGUCAAAACCAUUUUAUCUAUUCCCAUGCUCCCAUAAAUUUCACCAAGACUGUCUAUCAGACUCUGUAAUGGGAUACCUGAGUGAUGUUAAACAAAAGAAAGUUUCAGAGCUCAAAGGAAAAUUGUUAGCCAUGUCCCAUGAGGAGGGCAGCACAGGAACAGGAGGGCAGUGGGGUGACAGGGAACAAGUGAGAGCUGAGAUUGACAGCAUUGUGGCUGGGGAGUGCCUCUACUGUGGAGACAAUGUUGUGGCAAACAUUGACACCCCAUUUAUCAAUGCUGAUGAGUGGGAUACUCUUAUGGCUGAGUGGCAAUAGUAAAUUAUAACCUGACACAUCUUUGUUUCUUGUCAUAUUCAUGGUCUACAGGUAUUUGCUUGUAACAGGAAAGUUUAUAUUUUGUUGUUGUUGCUGCAGUCACUCAGCUGGAAGUUUCAUUGAUAUCUCACGAGGUAGCUACAAUGUUUUCUUCAAUGUUCAACCCAUUAGAACUUGUCAAAUUAUCAAUUGUUUGCAGCUUGUGGAGACAUUUGGGUGUACUUCAACAAAAUCUUCCUCAUGCAGAUGGAUGAGUAAAAAUUCCAACAAAUAACAAAUAGGUCAGUGGGUUAACUCUGAAAUCACAUGUGUGUAUUGUCUUUGAAGUUUUGGUUCAUCUGUUUAACUAGCCCUCAAUUGCUUAGUGAGCAAUUGAGAAAUAUUAUCUUGUCCAGUGUACCUGUGUCUUGGAGGCAUUGAAGCUGACAUUAUAGCCAGCUUCAGUGAAUCCAUAGAUAUAUAAUAAAUUGUAAUAGUGGUAUACAGGAAACUCAUGAUUUAAUACCUGUUUUUUAUUUUAUUUUUUAUAUAUAUAGAAAAAGAUUACCUAGGCAUUAAAUCAGGAUUUUCUUUAUACCAUUAUUGAAGACAGGGUGUGGAGUUAAAAUAACAACUUGUUAUUUACAAGAGAAACCCCGAAUCAGAGAGCAGAUCACCAUGUAAAGGGACCCACUGCUGUCCUGACCCCAUGCAAGCAACACCAUCGACACUGAACUCUGUUAUAUACAACCCUUCAAGUCUGAAGCAGAGUGAUGAUCAAAUGAAUAAGUGUUUUUUAUUGCAUGAUUCUUUUCUAGUAUUCAACAUUAAUGCUUCUAAUAUAUAUGGGGGUUGGGUGGCUCAUUGGGUAUGGUGCUUGCCUGAUUGAGAGGUUGAGUUCAAUCCCAGCUUACUGUAGCUCCUUGGUGAGAGGCAGCACUCUCUUGUAACCCUGGCAGAGCAGCAUGGUCUUAGCUACAUAGCUCAGGGUGAUCCUUUAAUUGCCUCUUUUUGUAAUAAAUAUGUACUAAAGUUAAUAUGAGAUGAUAAAAAUGUCAGUUGAUUGAUAGUAGACCCUAUCCAACUCAUUGAUUUUGUUACCAUGUAGUGUGAAUAGUCACAAUGUCAUGCUAGCCAGCACCCAGUUCUGUUCAUGGUUGUAACUCAAGCAGUGCUGUCUGGUCUCAGCUAUCUGGCUUGGGGGAGAUUCAUCAAUCACCUUUCUUUUUUUUUUAAUUUAUAGGUAACCAACUGGGUGCAGUUUCUUUUGGAGUGUGCAAAUCACUGUUACCAUGAGCUGGACUCCUGCAUACAUGAAAAUGCUUGUGUUGAAUGGUAGUUGAUGUAAGAUUGAAAAUUUUCUCCUAUUUCAGAAGGAAAAUCCCUUCAUUCUUUUUUUUUUUUUUUUUUUUUUUUUUUAUAUAAAUAUUUUAAUAUAGAAUAUCUGCAGGUGCACAUUCACUGACAUCACUGACAUGGAUAUCCAUUGGCAUGCUUACUAAUGUCUUUAGUUGUCUCAUCAGUAAUAAAUUACCCUGGUACUAAUGAUUCAUGGUGGUCUAAGCUUGAACAAAGCUUUUAGAAUAAGGCAUGAGAAGAUUAAUGAGUCAUUAUGAUCUUAGUCAGUGACGGUGACAUAUUGAUAAUAAUGACAUUGAUUGUAUUUACUAGAACUAUUUAAUUAUCUGCAUUUUCUGAUUAGAUUAUUUUUAUCAUAAAGAACCCUGACUACAUAUAGCAUCACAUAUAAGUAACCAUAUUCAUGAUAAAGCAUGGAUAUUAAUAAUUUUGCUGCAAAUUAUAAUUUGCCAGAUUUUCCUGUAUAUAUUUUGUUAACUGAAGGGAAAGAGUCCUAAUUGCAAUAUAAAAAAAAACAAAGUU